CUCCUACGCCAAAUAUGAAGCUGAAUUUGCCUCCCAAAAGUCUUCAGCAAUUCCUUUUGCUCCACAAUAACAAUUCUGCAGUGGUUAGUGUAAUUUAUACUGAAGAAUGCCCCUUCACCUUUUUCUUCUCCAGCUUCGUCUGGUGAGUUUGCAUCUCUCAGUGCAAAGAUGGUGGACGUAAAGGAAUCCCAGGCUGUGGAGGUCCUCCAGACCAAGUCUGUAUCAUCAGGCGACAGGGAGGCCGAUACACGGGUCAAAACCACAGCGCAGGGUAUUCCUCUCGUGCCUCAACCUAGCGACGACCCAGAGGACCCGUUGAACUGGAGCACAUUUGUGAAACAUGCUGCUCUUGUGGUUCUCGCGUUUGAGUCUUUCAUGACCAAGAUGUCAAACACUUUGAUUGCUCCUGAUGCGCUGGAGCUGGCUGAGGAAUUCGGAGUUACCAAGUCGACUGCCACGUACAUUGGUUCUGCACCUCCCAUUCUGAACGCUCUUACCUCCUUCUUCUGGAUUCCUUUGAGCCACCGGAUCGGCCGGCGGCCUGUCCUCCUAAUGGGCAAUUUGAUUGCCCUGGUCAGCUCCAUUGGAGUGGCUCGCUCUCAGACGUAUGCGCAAGCUCUAGCCUGUCGGAUGGUCAUGACGUUUGGUGGGAGUGUCGGACUGUCCAUCGGUCCGGCUGCCAUUUCGGAUAUGUUCUUUCUUCACGAAAAGGGCUCCCGCAUGGGAGUCAACAGCAUCUUGCUCGUUAUCGGUCCAUAUGUAGGCGGAGUUGCUGGUGCGUCAAUUGCGUACAAUCCAAAUCUCGGAUGGCGGUGGUCCAUGUACAUCGCAGCCAUUCUAUAUGCUGCGCAGUUUGUCUCCCAGUUCCUUUUUGUCCCGGAAACGAUCUAUGUACGAGACGAGAAUGGCCAGGGUGUGUCCAAAAGCUCAGAGCCGAAGCCUACCACAUUCCUUUCUCGACUCAAGUUUCGUCCGCCGCCGCCUCCCAAAGGUGAGAGCUGGGGUAGAACGUUCAUUAAACCUUACAAGAUGUUCGCCUAUCCUGCCGUCUUUCUUCCUUCCUUCUGGUUCGGAGUUGCAUGCAUGACCGAAGUCGGUAACACGGCGGGAUUUGCUCUCAACUUCGGUAGUGACAGUCGCUGGGGUUUCAACCUAGCCCAGGUUGGCUUCUGCUACUUUUCCGGUGUUAUUGGAGCCGCUUUGGGAGAGAUCUUUGGCGGUCCCCUGUGUGAUAUGCUGGCGAAGUACUCCAUACGGCAUGGCAAGGAGUGGAAGCCGGAACGUUUACUCCAUCUCGUGUGGUCUGGCAUGGUCACUAUUUCGGCUGGUCUCCUCCUGUACGGACUCGAACUCGAGUACGGCAACAACUGGGCCGCAGCCCUAACCGGAAUCGGUCUCUUCACGUUUGGUCAGGAAGUCCUUGUCACUGUGCUCCUGACAUACAUGACAGACUGCUACCCGGAGGAUGCAGCCGAGGUAACCUUGGUGCUCCAGUUCUUCUUCGCCAUUCAGACGUUCCAUGUGCCGUUCUAUCUUCCGCAGUGGAUCGAACAGCCAGGCGGCGCCAAAGUUCCCUAUAUUGUUUUCGCGGCGCUACCGGUGGUACUAUACCCCAUUUGCAUUUGGAUCUUUGAGUGGAAGGGCGAGAACAUCCGGAAGAGGGGACCCUUGUUCAGGAUAUAGUUUGCAUUCGCCAAGCCUUACGGAUGGAUACCUCGCAUUUGCAUUACAUCAGAUAUUUGGUCUUACGCACUAGCAUUGGGAGGACAUUCUAGUUAAUCAUAAAACGACUUAAAGUCUCAGCAUGAAGCUUUCAUAAUAGGUGCAUCAUUUUCUGGCUUCUCACACAUUCCUCGAUUGGUAUUUUUUAAAUAAGGGGGGCUGGGGUUUCGGGAAGUCAUUGGGAAGGUCAAGCGAAGGGAACUUAGCUAACUAGCUAGCUACACUUAGUCUAGUUCAUCUUUUCGA